UAUAGUGGUCUCUUAUCUCAGAAGAAACCUGACCCGAUCAUGAUUGAUGAUAUCAGACAGCUGCAGUCGACUAGCAGCAGUAUUCUAGAGAUUUGCCCAAGAUUUCGGCUACUUGUGAUAGGGAAGACCGGCGUCGGAAAGUCAUCACUGAUCCAGCAGGCAUUCAGAAUAAAUGAAGUAGUUGAGUCCAUGGAUUACUGUCGCGUGGGGACCGUUGCUGACCAUAUUUCUGAACACAAACGUGGUGAAGCGGAUAUCGAAAGGGAAUUCAUCGCGGAAGAAAAUGAACGAUUUGUCCUCCACGAUAGUCAAGGGUUUGAAGCUGGCGAUAGCAUGAUUUUUAAGACCGCAAAAGACUUCAUUGACCGCCGACGCAAGGAGCCCAAAUUACAGAACAAAAUCCAUGCGGUAUGGCUCUGCCUUUCGAUACCUCAUGCCGAUGGACGCUUGCUUGAGAGCGGAGUAGAGGAAUUUCUCAAAUUGAGGAAGGAAAUACUAGGCAAUAUUCCGCUCAUUGCUGUCUUCACCAAGCAUGACAUCUUUGUCGACAAAUUGGAGUACGACGCUGGUGAAUCAUGCGAUGAAGUCACGCUCGAAGACCUUAAAGUUAAUACAUUGGAUAAACUGUGUAUCCAGCCGCUUAAGGAAGCAGCUGGGAGCGACAUCCUGCACGCAACUGUUUCAACGAACGAAGAGUACGAGAGGACCAUAAGACAACUGGUCGAUCUUACAACCACGAACGUCGAAAAAUAUGUUGCCUCAGAAGCGGCAUUAGCAAUGAUGAUAGCCCAGCGAGUAGACAUCGGUCUUAAACUUAAAGCAUCAAUUGCCAUCGGCGAGAAAAGAUAUUGGAGAGGUCUCGCUUCGAGCAUGAACUUCACCGGCUUUACCAUGUUGGACUGCUUGUCUGUGAUUCACAAGGACAUCAUUGACGUUUGGAACUUCAACGACCCUCAUUGUCACUUGUCCAGUGACCAGUUCAAAGCACUGAUCCUAAAAGAUCUAGACAAGGUCGACCUUCCACACACAGCACAGGCCUUAAAUCUUGACAGUGAAUUCGGCCUCUCCGUGGUCGCGACAAUUGCAUCGAUUUUGUCAUCGCUAUCCGGCCCGCUUCUACCAAUCGUCGUACCCAUUGCCGCAGGGGUGGUCUUGACUAAAUGGGUUUAUGAUACCUAUCAACGGACAAACAUUGUUUUGCGGCGGAUCAUGACAUACAUCGUGGAUUUAACAUGUAUCAUGCAAAUCUUGUUCCUGCUAGCACCGACAGGGCCUAUCUCUCGUCACGUCAUAAAAAUUGCCAUCAAAGGUUAUGAGGGGACGUGCAAAAGCGAUGUUCACUCAGCAAUUCAAUCGCACUGUGUAUCUGUCACCCGUGGCGGAGGGGACGAUGCAUUAGAGAAGAUAGUUAGAUUGAUCAAGGAUCAUUCUAUCAAGGCUGAAGACGUUCAGAACCUGAGGACGAAGAUUGGGCACGUGGAUUUGCAAGUAGACGAAGAGUGGUAGACGGUCACCGGGCAUGACAAUGGUUUGUAGUUUCC